CGAACAGUAAACUGUUAGAAAUUACGUUGUAAUGGCGAUUUGUCUCUUUUUUCAAAAAGUUUUACUCUUAUAUUUAUCUUAAUUGACAAUGGAAACAGAAACACCGCUAUCUUAUUACAGAUUUAAGUCAAAACCAACAAAUAGACAAUUGUGGCCACAAAAUAAAGAAGAAAAAAACUUGUUUAAAGAUUGGAUUAAUCGUGUUAAUGUAACGUUAGAUCCUUGGGAUAGGAUUGAUUCUCCACAGUUUAUAGAUUUUUUUAACGUACCUGAAAUCUCUGAUAGAUUUUUUGAAACAAAAGAAGAAGAAAAACCAUUGCAGCACAGUGCAAAUGCGCGGACACUUCCUAGAACGAGUGAUUAUAACGAUCACAAUGAACUAAUUAACUUAUUAGACAAUUUUUCUUUGACGAAAGAAAAGAAACAACAAUUGAGUAAGAACAUUGAUACGAAUCAAACGGAAGAAAAUCGAGGGGAAAAGAAACAAGAUUUAACAAGACGAUGUAUUAAAGUGAAACAUAAAACAACGACAAGAGAAAAUACAAAAAAUAUAACAGAAAAAGUGCACACUGCUGUGAAGUCUUUUACUUAUGAUUUACGAAAUAAAUCCAACACGAAAAAACAACAAAAGACGUUUAAAGAAGACAAAAAAUUGCAUGUAUUUCGAGCACAACCUGUACCCAAAUUUAUUAAAACAGUUAUUAGUGGAAAAUUUAAAGAAUCAAAUAACAUAAGUUCCGAAAAAGCUAUCAAAAAAUGUACAGAGAUUUGGAAAAAGCCGCCAUUCCUACCUCGUCCUGCUAAAAGAGUUUUAAAAAUACCAAAAACUCCACCUCUUUUGACAGCAGUUAGAGCUCAGGAAAGAAAACGCUUCGAGGAAAAAUUAAAAGAAAAGGAAAGAGAAAAGGAAAUGUUAAAAUGUUUGGUUGCUACAACUGAGAAGAAAUUAGAAAAAGGUGAAAUUGCUUGUUUGAGAAAGAAAACUAUUCGUAAGGUUCAACCUAUUCGCAAGUAUAACUCAAGUUUGCCGCGAAUCGAGAAACGUCCUCUUAUUGAACCACCACUUAGUCCAUUUAAUCAUAAACGCCGACGACGCGUUUAAGAAAUUUCUGUGGAAUAAAAGAAAAAUAACAAGCACUUGCUUUGUUUUAUUUUUAACGUAUUUUCUCAUUGAAAUUUACAUUAAGCUUGAUAUAAUAUAUUUUUAUUGCCGUUAAUAUUAUUUCAAAAAAAACAAUUUUUUUUGGUAAAAUUUAUAUAAAUACUG